AUGAGUGAAAAAGUAGUGAGCUCUAAAGGCUGGAACUGGGGUUACUAUGACUUCAAUAAGGAAAACAUGGCAUUCAAUGUGAACGGACAAUAAUGCUUUUUAAUAAACUACAAGGACAUCGCCUUGUCAAAUGCAACUGGAAAGAAUGAGCAGAAUUUAAGGCAUUUGUCCGCCAUGCCAACAAAUACAGGAUAUUAAUAUUUAUGUAGUGAUAAAGGAGAUAUAUUAACUGAGAUGAGAUUCUACGUGCCUAAUAGUGAGUUAGAUAGUCUGGAGGAAGAGAAGAAAGAUGAAAAUAAGGAUGAGAAUAAGAAAGAAGAAAAGAAGAAGAAGGAAGAGAAAAAGAAGGAAGGGGAAGACGGAGACGAUGAUGAUGGAGAAGAUGAUGAGGAUGAAGAUGAAGCUGAAGAGAACACUGUAACUCCAGCUUAAAUUUUCAAUGAGAAGAUAAUCAAGGCUGCAGGCAUUGGUGAAUUUGCUGGAGAGAUGAUAGCUUCGCUAUCCGAUUUAAACAUGAUCAUCCCAAGAGGCAAAUACUCUUUCUAGUUAUACAGUACAUUUGCUAAACUUCACGGCAGAACAAAUGAUUAUAAGAUCUAAUACAAAGAUAUAACCAAGGGCUUCUUGCUGCCUAAACCAGAUGGCAAGCAUAUGGCUUAUGUACUUUAACUUAAGGUCCCAUUGAGACAAGGUCAAACUUUACAUCACUUCAUUGCAUUGCAAUUUGAAAGAGAGAAAACACUGAAGGUGCAAUUGAAUCUAUCACCAGAGCAGAUUAAAGAGUAGUAUCAAGAUAGACUAUCACCUGAGAUUGAAGGUCCCUUGUUUGAUGUGAUUUCUAAGCUGUUCAAGGAACUGAUUAGGAUCAACAUUUUGAUUCCAAGUGAGUUCAAAAGUAACACCAAAGAGGAUGCUAUUAAGUGCUCAGUCAAGGCUUAUGAUGGCUAUUUAUAUCCUCUAAAGAGCUCAAUUAUCUUCAUUCACAAACCAGUCAUCUACAUGAAGCACUCUGAGAUCAAGUUUGUCGAGUUCUAAAGAGUUGGCUAAGUAAGCUCUGGCAUUCCAAGCAGAUCUUUCGACAUGAUUAUUACCAAUCUAAAAGAUAAUACCUCAACUACAUUUGCAGGUAUUGAUAAAGCUGAACACAAGAAUCUUGUCAAUUACUUGAAAUCUAAGAAUAUUAAAAUGAGAAGUGUUGACCUAGAAACCUAAUAGCAAGUUGACUUUGAUGAGGGCGAUGAAGAAGAUGAAUUUGAAGAUGACGAGGAAGUGAAACAGGCUGCUUCAGGUGGAUUAGGCAAGAGAGUCCGUAAGCCAGUCUAAAAUGCUGCUAUGCUUGUCGAUGACUAUGACUCUGAGGAUGAUGAAUCAUUCUAGGAUGGAGGUAGCCCUUAGGGAAGUGACGAGGAUGAAGAAAUGGAAGACGAUGAUGAUGUUUCAAUGGUUGAUGAUGAUCUUGACGAUGAAGUCAAGGAUUUGCAGAAACAAGCACCCAAAGUAAGUGGAAAGAGAGGAAGUGGUGCUAGAGGAAGUGAAAAAGAUAAAAAAGAUAAGAAGGACAAAAAGAAAAAGUCUAAAAAGCAGAGCUAAGACUCUUGA